UUUUGUGUUAUCUGGCAAAUCCGACUGACACGCAAUCAAAAACGACAGAACCGAGAGACUUCGCGUAAAACCCAUACGCGAUUGCCGAGCGUUUACUUUCAUUUUUUGCUGCCGAAUCACCUCUAUUAUUGCACAAACAAGAGGUGGUUCAUCUGAUCAGAUCUAGAACGUGCCAAUUUGCAGAAAGUAAGAUAACAUUACUUUCAUAUUUGUGUGGUAUUUCAAAGAGGCAAGCGCGUGAAACAUGGCAGAGGUGAUAGAGGAAAUCGUCCAGCAGAUGCAGGAAAAUCUGACGGAAUCCGCCAACGCGGCAGCCACGAAUGGUACCACAAAAACCCCCUCGACACCCGAAGGGAUGGCCCUCGCCUACGGUACACUGGUCGUUAUGGCAAUGCUUCCCAUCUUCUUCGGUUCAAUGCGCUCCGUUAAGCAUCAUAAGGAUCAGACGGCCACCUUUGAGAAAACUGGGGAAAAACCUGACACGAUGACUUCAAAGGACGCAAUGAUGUUCCCGAUUAUGGCUUCCUGUGCGCUGUUCGGAUUGUACAUGUUUUUCAAGAUAUUCUCCAAGGACAAUAUUAACUUUCUGCUGACUGGUUAUUUCUUUUUCCUCGGUGUGAUGGCGCUUUCGCAUUUGCUGAGUCCAGUCAUAAGCUCUCUGAUUCCCUCGUCGAUCCCGAAGAUUCCGUACCACUUGUCCUUCAUCCAGGGCCCUACGGAAGGUGUGAAAGACGACAAGGAAAGCUAUCUGAUCGAUUACAAGUUCACCACGCACGAUAUUGUCUGUUUCAUCAUUUCAUUGAUCAUCGGAGUAUGGUAUCUGCUGCAGAAGCACUGGAUUGCCAAUAAUCUGCUCGGAUUAGCAUUUGCCGUGAAUGGCGUGGAACUGCUGCAUUUGAACAACAUCGUCACCGGAUGUAUCCUGCUCGGAGGGCUAUUUUUCUACGAUAUUUUCUGGGUGUUCGGAACGAACGUGAUGGUUACGGUAGCAAAAUCGUUCGAAGCUCCCAUUAAACUGGUCUUCCCCCAGGAUCUGAUUACCAACGGACUGAGCGCUUCGAAUUUUGCUGUCCUCGGGCUGGGCGAUAUUGUGAUUCCAGGAAUCUUUAUCGCACUGUUGCUACGCUUCGACAACAGCCUGAAACGGAAAAGUAAUCUUUAUUUCUAUGCAACCUUUACGGCGUACUUUUUCGGGUUAUUGGCCACAAUCUUCGUGAUGCAUGUUUUCAAGCACGCACAACCGGCGCUGCUGUAUUUGGUACCGGCCUGUCUCGGAACGCCUCUUCUAUUGGCGCUGCUGAAGGGUGAUAUCAAGAAGUUGUUUGCUUACGAGGACCAUCCAGAGGAAAAAUCGAAGGAUACCAAUAAAUCUGAGAAAGCUACCGGCGAGGAGACGGGCAAGACGAAAAAGGAAACCAAGAAAAAGGAAUCUAAAAAAGUAAAAUGAGCAGUUACAAAAGAAAUGAGAGUUUGAGUGUCUGGCUGUGGCAUACAUAAGUAUACCGCUAUUACCCCGUGUCCAACCGACAGCUAUUGGAUAAUCCUCUUUGUUCUGAAUUCGAUCUGAAACCAAUUCGUUGAUACAAAAAAAAAUCAAAAUCAGGAGAAUUCAGAAUAAAGGUCGACUCCUGUUAACCCGCGACAACAAACAAAAAAGAACCCUCUUACACAACAGUGGGAAUGCCUGUUCAUUUUACCAAUAUUUGGCAAUCGUUUUGAAUUUUACCAUACCAUCAUUAUGCUUCUGCUUCACAUCAAAAUCAGUUACGAGAAUGUGCUCACCAUCACGAACCCAAUCCGACAUGCGUGUAUUUCAGUAUUCAUAGUUUAUGAAAUCAAGUUAAUUGACCGUUCAUUUUUCCAGACCAAAAAGCUCGAAAAGAGUGCGCCGAUAGUGAGCAGCAAAUUACCGAAAUCGAAAAAAAAAACAUGUAGCCUUUCGGUUUAGAUCCUAGCACUUUUUUGUUGGGUGUGACUGCUCAAUUUACUUUAUCCGAAAUAGGUUCACGGAGGCGACGCGAUUCACAGACAGCCAGAAUGUGAAAACGCGCUUUCGUUGUGAUUCUUGCAACCUCUUCGUUUGUGAGGGGAGAAAUCGAACAAUAAAAGUUUACAAAGCAAAAAUGGUUUAGUUCUGCACAAUUUA